AUGACCGACAACUUGGUGUACGUGCGGCGAAAACCGGUAAACAGUGUCAAAAGCGGUGCCAAUGGCUCAGUGCCGCCGACCUCUACGUUCGCAAAGUCAGCGGGUGUUGACCAACAGGCGAGUGGUGUGACGGCCACCGAUGUGUUCGCCAACAAUCGGUUCAUUAUAUCGCACGGAAAGUGUCACUUCUGGAAGAACUACGCCUACAGUGCAGAGGGUCACCCGUAUCUGAAAGUGUCGCACGACGUCCGCAUUGAGGACAUCGCGUACAUAAUGCACAGGCAGUGGCGGAUGGAGUCGCCCCGUAUCGUAGCGCUCAUCAUAUCCAAUGUGGCGCCCCUUCAGGACUGGACAAACGCCCGACAGAUCGCCGCCUUCAAGAAGGGACUCAUGAAGGCGGCCAACUCGACCAAUAUGUGGAUCUUCACCAAUGGUGUCAAUAUGGGCGCCGCCCGUCUCAUAGGCGACGCCGUCGAGCAGGCCAUCAAAGAGUCCAAAGCCUACCGGUCCUCCUCGUCGGCGGCUAACACUACCGGACACAUACCGGACGUUAAUGUAGUCGGUAUUAUGCGCGAAGAUCACCUCCGAUACGGCGAAAACAUUGAUGGCGAAACGGUUAAUCUCCAGAACGAGGGAAACCUAAUGGACGAACAGAAGUACGAACUCAACGACAAUCACUCACACUAUCUGGUGGUGAGGGAUAACACGGUGUCCAAGACUGGGAUCAAUCUGUUCGCGUUGCGUAUCAUACAGUACUUGUCCACAAUUGGCGGUCGCGGCGAGUUCUCCAUCGAUCUGCUCGACCAAUCAGGCCGUACAUCACCGGACGACUACGUGCCCACAAUUGCCGACCUGUGCUCACUGACCAACACAGAGAUACCGAUCGUGUCAAUCGUGAUUCAGGGCGGCUACGACUGCGCCCGACUCGUGUUGGAGCACUUGAAACGCCAACAGCCGGUGGUUGUGUUGCGCGGGUCGGGAGGUUUGGCAGACCUGUUGGCGUUCGCCUAUCUGGAGGCGCAGCAACGGUGCCGAGAGUUGGCCGACACGUUGGACGCCGAGUACGUCGAGUCCUUUUUGAAGCCAGAGCUGAGCAAUAAGAUUGUCAAUCGGUUCCCGCGUCUGCGCGACAACACACUGGCGCGGAAUAUCUUCAGGGAUCGUAUACUGGAGUGCGUACGGCUGGCCAGACAGUGCGGCUGCGUAUACCUGAGUGUACUAAACAUGCAUAACUCCGCGUGCAAUCUGGACAACCUGUCCGAGUAUCUGCUUCUGGCGCUGUUUCAGUCACGACACGGUCGCCAUCAACAGCAGCCCUCCCUCUCCAACACCGAUAUCCUACUCACAGACCUAUACCUGACGCUGGACUGGAACUGUCCGCACGUGGCGGCCACCGAAGUGAUCGGUCGCGACCCGUCGUGCGUACUGAGGCUCGAGAAGGCCAUGUUUGAACAGGCGCUCACCCGCGCCGACCGCGAAGAGUUUGUGGACCUAUUCAUGACCAAUGGCUUCCGAGUGCACAAGUUUUUGACGCCCAAACGGCUUCGCAAUCUCUUCAAACGCAUCCAUCGCCACGAAUUCUUUCGCUCCGUGUGUUGGGAGGGAGUGUUGGGCCACUCGUACGACACCGAUCUUAACAAAGAGUUUGUGGACAUCGAUCUCAAUUGGCUGAUCGAGUCGUGUACCGAUUUGCGCCAUUUUGUCCAAUCGCAGACACUGGCCCUGAAUGUGAUGGGUAUGUACGCGACGACCACCGCCGCGCCCGACCCGGCGGCAGACAUGGCGUCGGCCGAGCGUAAGGCGCUGUUCAUACUGACGAUGUGGGCUGUGUUCGGCAAUCGACAGAAGUUGGCCAAAGUUUUGUGGAAACACUGCGACCAACCGAUUCAUUUAGGUCUGAUAGUGUCGAUGAUGUUGGAGCGGCUCUCGUGGUUCGUCGGCGAACAGAACCUGAAGACCGAACUCAAAGAUCCGUCCAAACUGUUCGCCGACUACGCCAUCGGCGCUCUAGACCUGUGCUUCUCUCGAGACGAGUCGCGAGCGAACGACGCGCUCAGCGAAGCGCCCGUCGAGUGGAACUGCAAGACAGCGGUCGACAUCGCGGCCAACGCCCGUCUGCGCACGUUUCUCGCCCACCCGUGUUGUCAGAAGUGGUUGACCAACACAUUCCUCGGCAACAUUCGGCUCCGGGAGAUGAGUUGGGGCUUCUUCUCGAUGCCGCCGUCGGUGAAGAUACUGUUGUCGGCGCUGUUGGUGUUCCCGAUGUACGUGUGGGUCAGGUUCUGGCCGAAGACCGGCAAACAGACCGUACGCGACGACAAGACUGAAGACCAGGAGGACGAGAGGGACGCCAUGGAUGAGGAGCUGCAUCUGAUCAACGCUCAGGCGGCCGCCGGUGAUGGCCAGAAACCCAGCGUAGGCUUUGUGGCCGCUCUCAUACCGGUCCCGAUGGGCGGCGCUCUCAAAGGGGCCGACGAUUUGCUGAAUAAAACUGGCGACGAGUUGGCCAAACAGGGCCGUCACUACCAGACAGUGAUCAAACACCGCGAGCUACUGAUCCGCAAACAGCCGCCGCUCUUCACAAUGAUCUACGACAUGUGGAACGCGCCGAUCACCAAGUUCUGGAUGUUUAACUUGUUUUACAUCAUUUUCUUAGUGUUGUUCAGUUUGGCGCUGGUGUGGCCCUCGUGCGGGAACUACUACCUGGACUCGACUGUGUGCGCGUGGACUGUUCUGAUACUUGUGGAGCACAUCCGGCGCACAUUCGUACUGUACCGCAAGUACACGUCGGUACCCAUCGUAUUCAAGUGCAUGGAGAUCGUGGCCAUCAUCGUAUUCGUGGUGAUCUACGCUUCCGGCCGGGUGUUUGACCGCCGCAUAUUCGGUUACUACACCAUGAAAGUGAUGCUAUCGUUCGCACUCAUCUACUUUUACUACCGCCUGUUUGACGUACACCUGCCCAUCAGUCCAACGCUCGGCCCCCUACUGUAUCGGCUCAAACUGAUGAUCACGGUCGAUUUUGUGAAUUUUAUGCGUAUGUCAGCGCUGGUGAUUUGUAGCUCAGGAGUGGUCAUACAGGCCGUGCUCUUUCCCGACGAGCAGCUCAACCUUAAGAUGUUUCGCAAGUUGUUUCAUCGAGCGUUUUUCACCUUGUUCAACACCCCUACCGACGAGAUAAAAGGUUUAUGCGCCAUUUUUGGGUUUUUAUAA